UUCUGAACAGAGUUUUUGGUUGCAUUCAAUCGUACCGCCUCUAUUAAACGUCUCUCGAUGAAUGCGAAUCGAUCUGGAGCUGGUGUGCUGCGGGAUGUUAAGAUGGUCGAGGUACCAUGCGUAUCCGUUAUCGAUAAGUAGUCGUAUGAGAUUAUCUAGCCCGCAAAGAGCGAAAUGUGAAAUUCUUCCUCUGCGUCUUUACAAUGUUAUCGCAUCGCCUCUUUCGGCAAAUUACUGAUAGCUUACUAUUGGGUUUUCGUGUCUAUCCAGAAGCUACCGUGUGUUUUGCUUCAGCGUGUUUGACGUGUAGCUCUCGUACUCAUAUUUUUGCACAAUCGAUACGUCAUUCGUCCUCGUCCUCGACCAGAUGGAAGUCGCGACAGGGCAGGGACUUUUUUGCCAAGGAAGCACGAGUUCAAGGCCUGAAGAGCCGUGCUGCCUUCAAGCUGCUUGAGCUCAACGACAAACACAAACUAUUUAGACCUGGGCAAACAGUUGUUGACUUGGGAUAUGCACCGGGGUCGUGGUCUCAGGUUGCCGUGAAUCGCACAUCUCCAGACGGGCGGGUUAUUGGCAUCGAUCUCAUACCUGCCCAACCUCCUCGAGGUGUUUCGACUAUCCAAGGGGAUUUCCUAUCACCUAUUAUUCAAGAUCAGGUGCGAGCAUAUGUUCGAGAUACAGAUCUAGGUAGGCCUAGGAGACAGGUUUCUUCGAGCACAAGCGAAGGACUCACUGAGGAAGAGCUCGAUGAAAUGCAGCGGGGUUACAUUGAGAUCGAACGUCAGGCACAGUUGGAUGGUGCAGACCCUGAAGCGAUUGGACGGCCAAUCGAGGACUGGGAUGGCGACAAACCAAUCUCGACCAAUCUGUCGCUCAAAGAGCGCGACAUGCAGCGGGGAAGAACAGUAGACGUGGUACUCAGUGAUAUGUCAGAACCCUGGGACCAGACUACCGGCUUCUACAAAAAGAGCCUUAGUGACCCUUAUAUUAGGAUGAUGAACACGAGCGGCAAUGCUUUCAGAGACCACACGGGCAGCAUGGAUCUGUGCAUGGCAGCUCUGAUGUUUGCCUUUGACACAUUAAAGACCGACGGCCACUUUCUCUGCAAGUACUACAAAGGGGCCGAGGAGAAGGCUUUUGAGAUGAAACUCAAGCGACUCUUUGCCAAAGUACAUCGGGAAAAGCCCGAGUCGUCACGGGCUGAAUCCAGAGAGGCGUACUUUGUGGCACUGCGUCGCAAAGAGACACCGACUAAAGAGGACGUCUUCGGCGAAUGCUGACUUGGACGGUGCUUGGCUGUUCCAGCGAUACUAUGUGUAUCCAUACCUUCGGUCCGAAAGCGUCACAUACCAAAGUUCAUCAGCCACAUGGGUGUAUGAUAGGCACUGUAUAGAGUGUAGAGAAGGCCGGCUCCAGGUUUAUCAGACACUCUCUUGUAUACAGGAUGCGUGAUGCGCCAGGGUUCGCCAGGGUUCGCCAGGGAACAUAAAACUAGCGCUGGAUUCAGGUUGCGUAAAUGAAAGAUCAAGUCUGCCACC